GGUCAACUCGGGACCUCCCAGCGACCACUGCAGCCUGCGGACGAGGUCGGGGACUUGGCCGAACGGAUCCUAAUAAGGGGAAAAUGAGCCUUUCCAGAAGUUCCGGAGAAGACAAGGCACCCUGGCCCCCACCGUCAGCUUGGUACCGACUGCCAGCCUGCGAACCCUUCCGAGGGCGGAUAGAGCCCUAGAGGUGGCCGCCGCCGCACCCAACCCACGGGCCAGACAGCUCCAACUCCUCGGGCCUCGGCGUGUGCUCAGCCUCACGUCGGGGGUGUGUGUGGCUGCGCGGGCGUGUGUGAGUGUGGUAGGGGGAGGGGGCCCUCCGAGCUGCUCCAUCCGUCCGUUUUAUUAGGGACACAUUAAUCUAUAAUCAAAUACACCUCAUAAAAUUUUUAUUGAAAGGCAUAAUAUCAUUACAGAGGUCUUCCACCUGUUUUAAACAACACGACAAGCUGUGAGAGAGCGUGUGUGUGGGUAUGCAUAGGGAGGGGUGGGUUCGGGCCUGAAGUGAGGUACAGGGAGAAGAACUCCCCUCGGGCGCCAGGGGGCCGCCUCGGAAGGCCGGCCAGCCUCGGGCCGCACUGGCUCUACGUUCUCCCCGGCUUCUCCCGGCUCUGGCUAAGUGCCCGAUGAGCCCAGGACUCGGGACGGGUAGCUCGGAGCCCAGACAUUGGGAAGUCAGCGCCGGAUCCGGACUGCAAGACCAAGGGCUGCAAGAGGAGGCGAACAAAUAGUCCCCAGCGCCUCCUCCGGCCGCGGUCCGGCGCAUGGUCCCAGCCGCCUCCUGGCUGGUUGAGCCAGGCCGGGCCGAGCCCGGCGCACUGGCCCGGGCCCGCGGGCUCUAAUUGCGGCGCUUAUGUUGAUGAUGAUUUUUUUUUUUUUUUAAAUCACAGCAGCCCCCAGUUUAGCGGACUGAUUUACUCCCGGUAUUGGUAAAUAUGAUCACGUGGGCCGCGCGACCAAUGGUGGAGGCUGCAGCCUGCGAACUAGUCGGCGGCUCGGGCGCCGGCUGGGAGCGGCGCCGCGGCGGGCAGUGUAACCUUGGGUGGGAGCGCACGGCGCCUCAAAAUGUCCUCCAGUGGCACCCUCAGCAACUACUACGUGGACUCGCUCAUAGGCCAUGAGGGCGACGAGGUGUUCGCCGCGCGCUUCGGACCUCCAGGGCCUGGCGCGCAGGGCAGGCCCGCAGGUGUGGCCGACAGCCCAGCCGCCGCCGCCGCCGAGUUUGCCUCGUGUAGUUUUGCCCCCAAAUCGGCCGUGUUCUCCGCCUCGUGGUCCGCGGUGCCCGCCCAGCCCCCGGCGGCGGCGGCGAUGAGCGGCCUCUACCACCCUUACGUGCCCCCGCCGCCCCUGGCUGCCGCUGCUUCCGAGCCCGGCCGCUACAUGCGCUCCUGGAUGGAGCCGCUGCCCGGCUUUCCGGGCGGCCCGGGCGGCGGCGGCGGAGGCGGCCCGGGUCCCGGUCCCAGCCCUGGCCCCAGCGGCCCACCCAACGGGCGCCACUACGGGAUUAAGCCUGAAACCGGAGCGGCCUCGGCCCCUGCCGCCGCCGCCGCUGCCGCCACUUCCACCUCCUCCACUUCUUCGUCUUCCUCUUCUAAACGGACUGAGUGCUCCGCAGCCCGGGAGUCCCAGGGGAGCGGCGGUCCCGAGUUCCCGUGCAACUCGUUCCUACGGGACAAGGCGGCAGCGGCGGCUGGGGGAUCCGGGCCCGGGGCAGGGAUCGGGUCCGGGUCCGGGUCUGGGGCAGGCGGCUCAUCGGAGCCUUCGGCUUGCAGCGACCACCCGAGCCCAGGCUGCCCGCUGAAGGAGGAGGAGAAGCAGCACCCGCAGCCGCCGCAGCAGCAACUUGACCCAAACAACCCCGCAGCAAACUGGAUCCACGCUCGCUCUACCCGGAAAAAGCGCUGUCCCUACACCAAAUACCAGACGCUUGAGCUGGAGAAGGAAUUCCUCUUCAAUAUGUACCUCACCCGGGACCGGCGUUAUGAGGUGGCAAGGAUUCUGAACCUCACAGAGAGACAGGUCAAAAUCUGGUUCCAGAAUCGUAGGAUGAAAAUGAAAAAGAUGAGCAAGGAAAAAUGCCCCAAAGGAGACUGACUCGGCGAGGCGCCGUUGGGACCACUCUGCUUUGCAAUGGCAGUGGGGUUUUUUUCUUUGUGGGUGCUUGAUUUCCAGAAAUUCUCUAGCGAUUCGGACAUCUCCCCCACCCCUUUUUUUAGGUAGAAGUGACUGUGUGGUUGGUCUCUGUGCGGUAUUUUGGGGGACUCUGUAUUUGCUCGCUUAUGUCUUGGAGAAACCAAGUGGCUUUGGGGUUUUGCCCUAUCACGCUCCCCUGUUUCCUGCCCAUUGGUUCCUUAGGAAAUGCUAUAUUUUGUGAGUGCACGACAGCUUGAGGAGCCCUGUCCUGUGUAAAUGUUCCCCAUGUUUCUGAAAAGUGCUGUAGUUUAGCCCCCAGUGCUGUUCAAGCAGGGGCCGAGCGCACCCCACUUCCAAGAGCGAAGGCAGAGCAAGGAGAGUGAGGAGGCCCUCCCAGGCUGAGCCCCAGGCGGUGUUGCCCACUGGUUAUGAAAGCGCCCUUUCCUCAGGGAGCCCACAGACCCUCCCCUGAGACUUGGAAUGAGAGAGGAACCCAGGGCCUCCGGUAGGUUGGGGGUUUCUUCUCAGUGUGCUGGGGAAGCCACUCUCCCUGGGAGGCUUGGCUCCUGUGGGCGGCCGCGGGUGUAAGGCUCUCCCGGUUCCUGCCUGAGGACCAGUUGUAAAUGUUACCGCUUCCUACCAAUAAAUGAUAACCUGAUCAAAUGGAGCCCAGAUGCUGGCCCUGAA